AUGUCCUCGUCUCAGUCUCUCCUCCUCCUCCUCCCUUCGCCCCUCUCCCCGCCUCCGCUCCGUCGCAUCGGCGCCCCCGUCCCGCCCUACUCUCGCCCCACCGCCGCUCGCAACCUCCCGCGCCUCGCCGCCAAGCUCUGCCUUCCGCCACUCGCAACCUCCCCGUCCGGCGGAUUCGGUGAUGGCAGUUGCAGCGGCGGGGGUGGGGGUGAUGCAGGAGGAGGAAGGGGGUGGUGGCAAGGGGGGAGAGGAGACCCUCCGGACGACCCCGGCGACGGGUGGCGGCGGUGGCUCCAGUCCCUCCACCCGGAGCUUUUCCUCCUCUUCCUGCUCCUCCAAUCCGACGCCUUCGCUUCCAUCCCAUCCGCCCUCGCCGAUGCCAUCGGAGCAACCGGCGGGAGGGUCUGGGAGGUGAGGGGCAGCGCGCGUACGCUGCUCGUCCCGAACCCGACCGGGACCUCAUACCUCGUCGAUAAGCGGAAGCAAGAAGAGGAGACGGAAAAGGUGGGGGCUGGCCACGGCGAACUGACCGCCCUGCAGAGGCAACUCGAACGGUCAUGGCGGCGGUGCACCGAUUUCGCUCUUCAAUUGCUGCUGCCUGAUGGGUACCCGCACAGCGUGAGCAGCGACUACAUGCACUACUCGCUGUGGCGCGGGGUGCAGGGCGUUGCCAGCCAGAUCAGCGGCGUGCUCUCCACGCAGGCGUUGCUGUAUGCAGUCGGUCUGGGGAAAGGAGCGAUACCCACUGCGGCCGCGGUGAAUUGGGUGCUGAAAGAUGGGCUUGGCUACUUGAGCAAGAUACUGCUGUCGAAAUUCGGGCGGCAUUUCGAUGUUAACCCGAAGGGAUGGCGGCUGUUUGCAGAUCUUCUGGAGAACGCAGCCUAUGGGCUGGAGAUUUUGACGCCGGUUUUUCCUCACCUGUUUGUUCCCAUUGGUGCAGCCGCUGGAGCUGGCCGAUCAGCAGCUGCUCUCAUACAGGCUGCCACAAGAAGUUGUUUCUAUGCUGGUUUUGCUGUCCAGAGAAACUUUGCUGAGGUCAUUGCAAAGGGUGAAGCUCAGGGAAUGGUUAGCAAGUUUCUUGGCAUAAUGCUUGGCAUAGCGUUAGCUAACCGAAUUGGCUCAUCAGUACCAUUAGCUCUUAUUUCAUUUGCUGGUGUUACUGUAGUUCACAUGUAUUGCAACCUUAAGUCUUAUCAAUCAAUUCAGCUGAGGACGCUGAAUCCUUACCGUGCAAGUUUGGUAUUUAGUGAAUAUUUAUUAAGUGGACAAGUUCCUUCAGUCAAAGAGGUUAAUGAUGAGGAACCACUUUUUCCAAAUUCGUCCGUGGGUGCUCAACUUAAGAAAAGCGAGAUUUUAUCAGCAGAAGCAAAAGAUGCUGCAGAAAGAAUCUGUCGACGGUUACAGUUGGGUUCUAAGCUUAGUGAAAUAAUUGAGAACAAGGAAGAUGCACAUGCACUGGUUGAUUUGUACAAAGAUGAGCAAUACCUUCUUACGGAUUACAAGGGGAAAUUUUGCGUUGUUCUUAAAGAGGGAUCCUCCCCAGAAGACAUGCUCAAAUCAAUAUUCCACGUUAACUAUCUGUACUGGUUGGAGAAAUAUAUGGGUUUCAAACCAUUCAAUGUUGCCGCAGAAUGUAGACCAGGUGGACGGCUUGAUGCAUCACUGGAUUAUGUUCAGAGGGAGUUCACACAUGUCAAGCUUGAUGGUUCAAACAGUGGCUGGGUGAUGGAUGGUCUGAUUGCUAGACCGUCGCCUGUAAGAAUACGGCUUGGAGAUUCUCCUUGAUAGGAUUCCUCGACUUAGUUUUUCCACAGCUAUGAUUAUUACCCGUAAAAUAAAAGCUAUGCUUAUUAGAGUUGUACAGCACGCUUAUUCUUUGGUUAGUUUAGGGAUGCUAGGUUAUCUGAAUGCCGUUUUAACUUUUUCAUCAAGUGCAUGAACUAGCAGUCUUAAAUCUUUGAGUGACUGGAAUAAGCUGCAAAGUUCAUCCUUUGGUUGUUAUCAUAAUGUUGGACCUUGUUAUAUCUUCGUUCUUGCAUUGCCCAA